CAAUGUGACACUUAAUCCCUAACAAUAUAAUGUAUAUUGUGAUUGUUUUAAGUCCUAUUUUUUGAGUUUUUUUGGUGAAGUACAGACUUUAGUUACGGCAUUAUGGCCGAUAAUCUUGGGUCCGAUUUCAAUAAUUCCCAACGUGAGGAUUUUGCUAUUAAACAGGAGGAUUUUAACAUAAUGUCUGAUCUUGGUGUUAUAGAUGAAAUAGAACAGCUUUUAGGAGACCAUGAAUUCCUCUCUAAGCUUGAAGACAUCCCAAUAGAUUUUACCGCAAAUGAACCCUAUCUGGAUACCCUCUCUCCAAAUGAUAGCGGUUAUGAUGGGAGUGACUCUUCUAGAUUUACAAAUUCCACUGUGCUUUCUGAAUUGCCUACAUGCAUUUCUUCGAAUUUGGAUGCUACUGCAUUAAAUCGUUCAGAACUUGUCUCUCCUCCAUAUGUAGCUGCUAAAGUAGAAAGCCCUUCUCGAACUGUUCUUAUUUCAUCUGCUCCAUUAACAACUCAAAGCACUGGGGUUGGGUAUAGUACUUUACCAGUGGUUCAAAAAAAUCAGCAUAUUCUUGUCCAGCAUCCGGCACAAAGAGUUACUGGAAUCAAUAAGAAGAAACAAAGUAGAUCAUCUGGUUCUAAAAACCAACAGCUGUUAGUACAAAAUAUUGGACAUUUGCAUGAUCAACUAGCUCCUGUGGUAUUACAGGCGAAACUCAUAACUACCGAUAACGCAUUACCCACACAAACUGUCAUGUAUACCUCUACAAAUCCAACUUCGUCUUUACAUACCCUUUUGAGUGGCCCACAAAUUUUAACCACUACUAGAAUUCCUGUUAUGCUUGAAUCUGAUAGUAAGGUUGCUAUUAAUAGAAUGCCCCAAGUAAAAGAACCAAAAGUCAAAGAAGUAAAACGAAGUGCUCAUAAUGCUAUUGAGCGAAAAUAUCGUACUAGUAUUAACGACAAAAUUAUUGAACUUAAAAAUAUUGUUGUUGGAGAAGAUGCUAAGCUAAACAAAUCGGCAAUUUUGCGUAAAACAAUCGAAUAUAUUAGGUUUUUACAAAACUCCAAUACUAGGUUGAAAGAGGAGAAUAUGGCACUUAAAAUGUCAGCAACGUCAAAUAGUUUAAAGGGCUUAUUAACCAAUAAUAUAAAUUAUGGACCAGAAGAUACUCCUCCUCAUUCAGAUGUAUCGUCUGAACAUUCUUUGCCAUCUAGCCCUGAGUAUCCUAUGAAUGUUAGGGAAGAUAGCGAUGAUGAAGUUCCCAUUUCAAAAGGAAUGCUAGACCACUCUAGACUGACUUUGUGCAUGUUUAUGUUUGUCAUGAUAGCAUUUAACCCAUUUGGUUUCGCCCUUGAUAAAAUUUCUUCUGCCGAUAGCAACAGUAUUCCAGGAGGAAGAACUAUUCUUGCAUGGAGUGAGCAGCAAACUGUAUCUUUCUCGCCUUCGGCGAUAUUGUUGUGGUUUCUUAAUAUAUUUAUUCUUAGUUUUUGUCUUAUCAAAAUGUUUGUAUAUGGUGACCCAAUAAUUCCUCAGAAAUCAUCAGAAGCGCAAAAGUUUUGGAUACAUAGAAAGCAGGCCGACGUUUACUUGUCUGAGGGAGAUAAAACUAAUGCAAAACAAGAAUUGUUAAGAGCUUUACAAAUAUAUAAUAUAGCACUGCCGACAAGCCGUUUAGAACUAUGUCUUUGUUUUACUUGGCAGUCUUUAAGACAGCUAAUGCAUAGAUUAUGGAUAGGAAGAUACUUAUCCAGGCAUACUGGUGGAUUUUUUAUUGAUGGGGUUACAAGGUUUGAUUGUCAGUCUUCUUGCAAAGAAUUGGCAUUACUAUACAAUGAUUUGCACAAAAUUCAACUUAUGCAAGGACCUGAAGAAACAUGUCACCUCUUUGGACUCACUACUUCUCUAAAUGCACUUAAUUUAGCUGAGGCAGCCAAGGGACGUAUUAAACCAGUAGAUAUGAUUGACAUUUAUAUCGGAGUAACAUUGAGAAUCAAAGCCAGUUUGCCAGGAAUUUUUAAUAUUAUAACUAAAUAUUAUUUAGGUCUAGCCAAAUUGGCAUCAACAAAUUCAUGUGAUCCAAUACCAUUAAGAUUAAAAUGGGUAUUUACACCAUACGGCUAUAAGUUUAUGACUAGCUUUAAAUUUUCUGAACAGUACUCAAAAAUAAGAAAUCUGCCAUUUACUAAGCUCGGAAAUAAUGUGGAUCCUCUCAUACAACUAAUGAAGAUUUAUCAUGAACAUUUAUUAUCAAAGGCUUUAUCAAUAUUAGUUGCACCUGGACAAAAGAGCGAACUAAAUCAGGAUAAGAAAACUGAUCUUACUGAUGCUUUGACUUACAUUGACUUACUAAAUGAUAAUACUAUGGUAGAUGCUGUUACUGUUUUUAAAAUUAAGGAGCCCUGUUAUCGAGACUAUUUAGCUGAAUGGUGGGGUACUUUUAUAGCAAUUGCCGGAUGUUGGCUACUUAAACAAGAAGAAAAAGCAGAAAAGCUAUACAAGAAACUUGAAAAUAUACCUGAAGUACUAAUGACAUCAAAAGACCCAUUACCCAAAGCGAUCGUUGCUGCUUAUGAAGCAAGAAGAAAUUAUUUAAACAUGGACGCACAUACUUCUGUUAAAAAGUUACAAAAGCAAUGUGAUACCGCUAGUCAAUUUCUAUCUGAUAGUUUGACACUUACAAGUUGCAAAACACAGGAUAAUUUAAUAUUGAUGUCACAACUUUUAGUUUGUGAUUGGCUGCUUGAAACAAGAACGUCAUUAUGGGAGGAUGGCAUAGAUGAAGGAGCGAGGCCACCGGCCUCUAAUAAUAUAUUAACAGCUUUCAAUAAAGACUUGGUUUCUCUUAGGACCCUUGCUGAACAUUUACCAUUUGCAUUAUCAAGAGUGUUUCUUUAUGAAGCAACUCUCAGGUUAAUGGCUGGUGCUGCACCAGGUAGAACUCAGCAGCUUUUAGAUAGAAGCCUUCGUCAUAGAUAUGCUAAAUCAUCUAUUAUCUGUGGAAAAGGGCAUAAUCAAGUAAUGGGGAGCGAUCGACAACAUGCUGCUGCUCUUUAUAUGGCCUGUAAACACCUACCAGGUCAACUUUUAUCAUCCCCGGGCGAAAGAGCGGGUAUGUUGGUCGAAGCAGCUAAAACUUUAGAAAGGAUUGGCGAUCAGAAAUAUUUACAAGUUUGUUACAAACUUAUGAAAACCCUGGGAACCAAUGCGGUUAUUAAUAAUUAAAAAUUAAGAAUUGCAUAUUAAAAAUGUUGAAAAACGCUUGGUGAAAUGCAGUUGAUCAUUUUGAUUUCUUUAUUAUAUGUUUAUACGAGACGAGGCCAUUUUUUAAUAUGAAUAAAAAUGCAAAAUAUGAUUAUUUAUGCUUAUUCUUAAGUUUAUAUUUUAAGCCUAGGACAUAAGUUAUGGAACUUGUAAGAACUCGAUAAUCGAUUUUAUGUUAUAUUUAAGGAUAAUGUUUGUUAUAUAUUGUUUUUAUGAAAUUGCUUUUUAGCUACA